AUGGAUUUAGGCCAGAUUGCACAGUAUUGCUACAAUUUAACUACAUCGUACUUACGAAUAGAAAAUGCGACUUCUGUGAUCUCCGAGACGCAGGAUGCCAUCAAGCUUACCAGAAGGUGCUUCCUCGACGAUAUUUUUCCUACAUGGAGCCCGUUAAACUCAGAGAUUUCUUUUUCAUACAAUGGUGGUAAGGAUUGCCAAGCUUUAUUACUAUUGUAUCUGAGCUGUAUAUGGGAAUUCUUCCUAUUAACUCUCGAACACUCCCUAUACGAUCCCAAAUACCACGCUUUCCCACUAAAAGAACUACCUACCGUUUUUAUAGACCAUGAGCAGACAUUCUCAACACUGGAGGAGUUUGUAGCUACCUCAUCGAAGCGGUAUUGUUUAUCACUUUAUGAGUCAGGACGGGACAACGAGAGAGAUACGAGCAUGGCAGACGCAUUCAAGAAAUAUCUGGAGGUACAUCCUGAGAUGAAGGCGUUUGUCAUAGGUAUUAGACAUACAGAUCCAUAUGCGGCAAAUUUGAAGGCCAUACAACGGACCGAUGCCAAUUGGCCCGAUUUUGUAAGGUUACAGCCUUUCCUUCACUGGAAAUUGGCGAACGUCUGGAGUUUUCUUAUCUAUUCUAAUGAGCCUAUAUGUGGCCUAUAUGGUCUCGGGCUCACUUCAAUAGGCAGCAUCAACAAUACUUUACCCAACCCACAUCUAAAAGUUGACCAGGAUGAUAAACCAAACUUGAUGUUCCAGUGGGAGAUAGAACACGCGUUUUCAGAUUCUAAGGAUGCUUCUGGUGAAGCAGUCAACGUUUCCACAGUUAAUGCAGCCGAUUUAAAGUUACUGAACCAACCGCAGGAUCGUUAUCUCCCAGGAUGGUACCUAACCGACGAUUCUCUCGAAAGAGCUGGUAGAAUCAAAAAAGAAUAA